AUGGGGAAGAUCAAGAAGGCGGCGAGUCCGAAGCAUGAGGCUACCAUCUCGCCCGCUUUAUUAGAUUUUGUUCAGAAAGCGGCCAGCGUCCCGUUGAUCGAGCUACCCUCACAUCUCGACUCAUUCCCUAGGCGAUGGGACUUCCCACGAGGCGAUCUGUACCACUGGAUAGUCCCUCUGAACCGCUUCGACGAGAUCUUAGAGAAUUUCAUUGCACUCUACGGAUUAGGAGCUGGGCCUCAAACCAAGAAAUUCGGGAACACUCUGCUGCGCGAAGAAAACCAAGAUGCUGAGGCUGAAGCAAGAUUGAGAAAACUUAGGUUUAAUGAAGAUGGAGACAGGAGGCUGGUGGAGUCUGUUCUGGAUUUCUCAAGGUUGCUACUGGAGAAAUGCGGCAAUCGAAGUCUCUACAACUCUGGAGAACGGCUUGAUGCUCUUUUGAACACGACCUCCCUGUCCUUGCUGCACAGCACGCUGCGCUUAGCCUUGUGCCUCGCACAGAGAUAUCAUGCUCGACACCGGUCUAGUCAUUUCCACCCUGCGUCACUAUCAGCCCACUAUGGUCUUAACCUUGAUCGUAUUCAAAGUCUUGCGGCCCCAAUCUCACAAUCUUUGAUGCCAUCAAGAAAAUCUGCACCUAGCUCUCCAGUGAAGAAUUCAAAAGGCAGGGAGAAGCAUGGUCAGCUCCAGGAGGCUCCAAAUCCGAAUGACCUUGCAUCUCUUAGCAGGGCUCCAUCACCUGCAAAUGGAGAGGCUGCCUUGCAACGCUCAGAUACAGCUUACCGUGGCAGAGAUGGCUGGGAAGAUUGGGCACGAAUUCAGGUGCUCUUUCAGCCAGAUGUAUCGAUGGAAACAAACGGAGGUGCAGCUACAAGAAGCACUGAUCUAAGAGAUCAGACCGACCAACCAGCGCCAGGUCCACAUCGGAGACAGUCAACAAACCAAGGGUCAAAACUCAAUCGAGUUACAUUGUCUGAUGACUCUCCCACUGGAGCCAGUCCAUCCACAUCAACUCAAGCCAACACAAACUCUCUCCCUCCUCAAAAAUUUGAGCCCUCGCUAUCAAUGCUGUUAUCUUCCCCCAUCGAAGAUAUUCUCGAAUCAGGCCUCUCCAUUGUACCAAGGUCGUCCUACUAUGAGCUUCUGCACAAGCUCCGAGUAGCUUACGCCCUUCUUGGGGCCGUCGAAAGUCGUCGAGAGCUUCUUGCCGUCCGCAUUCUUGCGGUGUCAAAUUUAGCUUACAUAUCCUCUGACUCUACCUUUCAACAACGAUUCCUGACGCAUGACCGAGAGCAGCCAAAACGGCAGCAGUUUGCGUAUCAGUUAGCGGAUUUGCUCCACUUAGGAUCCAGAGAACCUGAAAAUGUUCCACUGCACCUGCAGACUAGUGCGAUCAAUGGGCUUCGAGCGCUGACCAAGCAAAAAAGUGCCGCGCCUGAUGUAACCGCUGCUCUCAAUGUUAGUGCGAACCAUGGCAUACUGCUGUUCGUUGUUCAAAAGGCCCUGCAAGAUGUCGUUGUCGACUCCGACAUCUCAAACAAUGCUGAUGGCGAUGAGGGGAGAGAGUCUUUGUUUUCUCUACUACACGCCAUACUUCUCUCCAGUAGUCCUCCGAGUCGAUCUGGUGAAGUCUUCGCAUCUCCUCAAUUGAUCUCGUCGUACGUUCAUCUCUUGACGUUGCGUACGCGGAAAGCCCAGAGGAUCUAUACUGAGGUCUUGCACUUCUUCGAUGCGUUCUUUCACCAUAUCAAAGAUGGCCUCGCUAUUCUCUCAAACAACAAAGCCUUUGAAGCUGUCAUCGACCUUUUAAAUCAUCAAGCCAUAGAUGCGCUAAACAGUGCCAAAAAAGGGACAGGCUUUCCAGCUGAAUUCCGGACACCAUCGAUUGACUACCAUGUGCCAUACACACAUCAACAAACCAUUCGCUCCAUCUUACCAUUCAUCCACGGCGUCAUAACGCAGCAAGGAGCUCAAGCGGACAGGAUACUGCGAAGUCUGAUUGACUCUCAGGCCCUUUUGACAGCGUUUCGUGUGGUAGUCGAGAACGGCUCAUUGUUUGGUGCUCAUAUAUGGAGUGAAGUGGUUAAGGUGAUGAGCACUUUUCUCAACAAUGAACCUACAAGUUACACGAUUAUCGCAGAAGCAGGUCUGAGCAGAGGUUUCCUGGAGUCGAUUGUCCUUCGUUCAUUGAGGGGAGUGGAUAAGCUCGAGCUGCCUGCUGUCCCUCAGGACAAUCCACCUGAUCCCCCAACGUCAGAAAGCGGUGCAUCGAACAAUCAGACGCAUGUCCAUGAUAAGCUUCUCAAGGGCGAUGCCGCAAGUGGGGAUGUUUCUUGCAUUCCUAAGAAUAGCCCUCAAGGCAUCCUCCCUGCGGCAGAAGUCAUCGCCAAUACAUCCCAAGCAUUUAGCGCUAUUUGCCUUACUGCUGCCGGUUCGUAUUUCUUCCGAUCAUCUGGUGCCUUGGAGAAAUUCUUUGAGAUAUUCGAAAGUCCCGCCCACAUAAAAGUCAUGAAGGACUCAAGCUUUUUGCAGAUUCUCGGCAACUCUUUUGAUGAACUUGUCCGACACCAUCCGACAUUGAAGCCAGCAGUCAUGAGCGCAGUCAUUGUGAUGGUAGCACGGAUCCGAUAUCUGUGCAAAUCGAAGGCGUGGGAAAUCGGUGCUGGAGCAAAGCUAUGGUCUGGGAGUACAGAAGGCAACCUCAAAGUAGCUGGCGGCAGCGAUACACUUGUCAAAGAAGUCGUGUCUAGCUUUCAGAAGCCUGAUAGCCCAGAGGACGAACCAUUCUACAUGCAGUUGCCCAACGGGAAAAGACUGCUGGCAGCAACAAAUAUCACAGGAACCCCCCCCGAUCAGCCUGGAGCAAGCGAUACCGACAAGGAGGGAUUGACAGUUUCAGACUAUCUCACCCCAGUUACAUCAUUUCUCGUUGGUCUUUUUGAGAACCCUUCUCUUUGUACCGCAUUCAUGGAUGCUGGUGGAGUUGGACUCGUUCUCGACCUGGCCACACUCCAAAGUCUGCCGUUUGAUAUUUCUCCUUCGACGUAUUGCUCAGGAGUAUCCCAUGAGCUUGCCCAAGUUGUCCACAUGAUGGCUGAGACAAAACCGCAUCUUGUUCUUCCUCCUUUGCUUGAUCGGAUAUUGACAACAUCUCAAAACCUCGAACCAUUCGCAGCUACAAAAGCUAGUGACUCAACAUGUUAUGUUGAUCCGCUUGUUACCGUGUCUGAUCACCCGGCUGAGGCUGCCCCAGGAUCACUUCGUGAAGGCGGCACUACUUUUGCUAAGAACAUGGUAGUACUGCAACUCUUGGUCAAUAUCUUGUCAGAAGUCUUCUCUUCCCCAAUGUAUCAUGCGCGAAACCGAGAGCAGCCAGCGCCGUUUUCGCAGGUCAACCUGGCAGAUAUGUACGUUGAUGUAUGUCAGCGACUUGGUGGUCUGUCUGCCGCGUGCUACCGCGAAAGCAAAGCCUUGGAGAGAAGAGUACCACAACCAUGGAAAGACGCUACCAAGCCGAACGAGCCUGCGCAACAGACUGAGGACGAGCACAGCGAGUCACAUGAACCAGAGGAUACAAGCGGAUCUCCAAGACCUGGAUCUGUCGUUCGCACGUCACAUGGAAUCAAUGGGACAGAAGCUCCUAUAACAUCCCCAGGAUUAGACUUGAAAGGGAACGAGCAGUCCGCCGCUUUUAAGAACCUGAAAGUUAUCCGUCGUUUGUUGUCUCAGCUACCUCAGUCAAUCACCCAUUUUUUCAGUCAGCUUGGACAUGGUCUCAUUGGGAGAAAACGAUUGGACGCGUAUCAAAAAGAAGUUACUGUUAUGGUUGGUAAUUCAAUCGCGGGCGCUCUUAUCCAUCAGCUCAACCCACCCUUUGCUAAGAAUCUUACGUCUACGUCACCAGAUAGCCUGUCUCCUGACCUGUGUUUCCCCUAUUUUGUGGAGGUACUGAAGAGUUGCAGCAACGUCUUGUUCGACCUUAAUACCACACCGGACCAUGCACAUUGCUUGACUGUAGUGGCUUUACCGUUCAAAGCUCAAGGAGGUAUGACUGUGCUCAAGCGACUCGGCGAAUGGUUCUAUCAAGAUCUCAAGUCCUGUCAAGUAUCUUCGGAUAAUGUUGAGACCAUGACGGCGAACAGAGGGCUCGAAAGCAUUACAUCAAUAUUGGGGCAUCUUACCUCAGCCAAAUGUAUCGUGGAGUCUCCACAAUCUAAUGCCUUCAAGAGUUCGGACCGGUCAAAGCCACACCACUUCAACCCUGCACAAUUCCUGCUUGAACUCCGGCUUGAAGCUCUUCCGUUUGUACGCACGAUCUGGGACAGUCCUUAUGCCGAUCAGGCUUCAAAAGUGGUGCUAAAGAAGCUGAUCGUAAUCCUUCGCCACAUACUAAGUGGGGAUCAAGAGCACGAAGCCUACAAGAGCGGCGAAAAGUCUCCUAUGGUCACCACACAUCCCCCAAAAAGAUUCGUACACAACGUAGAGAAACUCAAUACCUUGGAAACCAAAGGGUACGAGGAAGGUCUUGCACGAGAAGCUCUUUUUAGGUGCAAUAAUCAAGCUACGGCAGCCGAGGAAUAUUGUAAGGCCUACGUUCAGAAUCCCAGACUGAAGCGCCAUCCUCUCCCUUCAACAGAAGUCGAGUCACCAUUAGCAGAAGCCCCAAGAUCAUCUACCCCUGGGGAAAACUCCGCGCGUGCCAACCAAGUUAGUGGUAGCACCAAUUCGGUGACGACUCCAACGAAUGCCCUUGCAGAUGUUGGUACUGGACAAUCGCUUUGGGACCUCCUAAGUAAUGUCUCACAGACAGAGCUUAUGUCACCAGAAUUAACUUCACCUCCAGAUGCGCAACGGUCAUCCGUUCAAGCCAACGUUACUGAUGAUGAGCAUGAAAACCGUCAAAUGCAGGGUAUUGAGAACGAUAGCAUUGAGAUUGGGCCAACUUUGAACGAGAAUCCUCCCCCGCUACUCAGAGCGUCCAGUAACAAGGGCAAGGAGCCCGUUUCAGAGGCUGCCGCAGAACAAAAUUCCCUGGUCACCAUUGACAUGAUGGACCUGCAACGCGAGCAAAUUCGAGCAGAUCUUGUGGAACGUUGCCUGAACAUUAUCAAUAGCCACUACGAUGUGACCUGGGAAUUAUCAGAGUUGCUCAAAAGUGCCACGAAGAGACUUUCUGAACAAGGGGCCAGAGAUUUUCGAGAAACGGCGUGUAAUCUGCUUGUCACAAGCUUGGUUUCAUUUCAGUCGGACAUUGAGGCAGAUGACUUGUCCGAAGCGACGCGCAAAAAAAUCUCUGCUUACGCUCACUUUGUAGCACUGCUUAUUCAAGACAAGCAUAUCUACCAGGAAUGUCUUCCCCAUCUUCAAGACUCCUUUGACAGCCUGCUCAGGUUUGUCCAGAUUCCCAGCAAUGAAACUAAUAACGAAGCUUCGUUGCCGUGGAUCGGGCAAGUUCUGCUUAUCACAGAGCGAAUGCUCUCUGAUGAUGCUGAGCCGCCGGAGAUUUCUUGGAACAUGCCAGCCAAUGUUGACGGGCCACCUCCUGAAGAAGUCGUGCCUGCUAAAAAGACGAUUGUCACCAAAGAGCAGAAGGUGCUUCUAUUCGAGUCGCUUCUUGAGAUCCUUCCUCGAGUAGGGAAAGACAAAUCGCUGGCACUGUCCAUCGCCAGAGUCCUCGUCAUUCUGACAAGGGAGCGCCAGAUAGCGGUGCAGCUUGGCGAGAAGCGCAAUCUUCAACGCCUCUUCGUGAUGAUGAAGCAAUUAGCCAAUUUAGCCAGCGAUCGUAUCCACAGCUCAGUGAUGCUGAUCCUUCGCCAUGUUAUCGAAGAUGAUGAAACGCUCCGGCAAAUCAUGAGAAGCGAGAUUGUUGCUAAUUUUGAUACGAGAAGCUCACGCCAGAUAGACACUACGACAUACGUGCGCAAUUUGUAUCACCUCGUGUUACGCUCGCCGGAGAUUUUCGUUCAAGUCUCCAAAGAGAAGCUUAAGUUACAGCGUUUCGACACCAACCAGCGGCCACAGACUCUGGCAUUAAAAUCCACGGAGACCGUCUCGGACGGCCCCAGCGGGUCCACGUUGCAACAAGAACCAUCGUCUGCGCCAUCAGUACCAAUUGAUGCCGCCAGCGUGACGAAGGACAGUGUUGAAGCAGCCGUGUUGGACAUGAUCACCGAAGAUGCAAAGGGUAGGGCCGCCGAUGUCAAAGCCCCUGUUGUGGAACAUCCAGACGGUGUUGUUCAUUUCCUUUUGUCACAGCUCCUCAUCUACAAAGAUGUUGAGGACAAGGACAUUGCUACCGCUUCCAUAGACAGACCUGUCACUAGCCCGACCGAUAUGGCCAAUGAAGUGGAAAUGGGAGAUGUCUCUUCCGUUUCAACUCCUCAACCUGAUGCCCGCACGCCCGAGAAGGUGGACAAAGCCACAUUCAACGGAGAAGAUCAUCCGAUCUAUAUCUAUCGCUGUUUCCUCCUGCAAUGCCUAACAGAGCUUCUUCACUCAUACAAUCGUACCAAAAUAGAAUUUAUCAAUUUCUCACGCAAAUCAGACCCUCUUGCGAUGACACCAUCGAAGCCACGUUCGGGCGUCUUGAACUACUUGCUGAAUUCUCUCAUUCCAGUGGACUCCAACGAGGUUGAAGAGCCAGUCGAAUUUAAGAAGCGUAGCGUCACAUCCGAGUGGGCUAUGAAAUUAAUCAUUGCCCUGUGUUCAAAGACAGGAGAACAAGGUCUGGUCAUGGGCCGAGAACGCUACACUAACUACCCACGGGUUGAAGACAACGACAGCGAGCCAGAUCUCACCUUUGUUCGAAAGUUCGUUCUGGAACAUGGCCUCAAGGCAUUCAAAGAUGCCAACUCUUCGAACGAAGCCCUGCAAACGCGGUAUGCCCGAAUACUCUGUCUUGCAAAUCUAUUCCAUCAAUUGUUAUCCAAGCCAUCCGGAAGCGAAGGAGUAGCUGGCUCAAAUAACACUUCCCACAAAACUCUUGCCAAGAUGAUGUUCGAGAAGAACUUCAUCUCCAUUCUCACCUCGUCCCUCGCUGACAUCGAUUUGACAUUCCCGGGUGCAAAGCGUGUCGUGAAAUACAUCUUGAAGCCACUGAACGAGCUCACCAAUACUGCAGUCCAUUUAAGUCUGACUUCGUCAACCCCGGUUUCAUCGGCCCUUGGACAGUCUGAAGAAGCCGAUAUUUCUUCUGCGUCUUCUGUCUCUGAAGUAGAUGACGAUAGAGAGGAGACCCCCGAUCUCUUUCGUAACUCUGCACUUGGCAUGCUGGAACCUAACCGCCAAGAAGAAUCAAGCUCCGAGUCAGAACCAGAAGACGAGGACGAUGAGAUGUAUGAGGGCGAAUAUGCCGAUGAUAUGGAGUUUGAGGAGGACAUGGCUCCCAUUGGCGGCAACGAUGGUGAGGUUGUUAGCGAUGAGGACGUCGAAGACGAGAAUGGUCCCGGCGGACCUAUAGAAGGCCUUUCUGGUGACGUUCCAAUGGACAUCGAGCUAGUUAUGGGUGACCCACACAUGGACCUCGACACAGACGACGGUGAGGACGAUGAAGACGACGGGAAUGAGGACGAGGACGACGAAGGAGACGAGGACGACGGGGACGAAGAUGAUGAGGAUGAAGGCGACUAUUUAGUCGACGUUGAAGACGCCGCUGGGGAAGGCGAGCUCAACGCAGAUGACGAAAAUGACAGCCUUGCAGACGGUGAAGGCGAGUGGCAAAGUGAUGAUGAUGAACAUGCGGACGAUGUAGACGAGGAUGAUUCCCAAGACGGACUGCAGGAGAUUCUGGAUCAGUCCUCGGCCGCAGGAGAAAAUGUCAAUAACGGCGAUGUCGACCUGAAUGAGCAAGGCCCACUCAACAAUCUCCUUAAUAUCCUUGGCGAGGAUGCUGGAGUACCACGUCCAGCACCUGCAGAGAUUGGCGAAGUACUAGGUGAAGGGGAAUUUGAGCAUGUCAUGCAAGACUUACAAGACGAGGAAGAUGAAGAUGACAACGACGAUGAAUUGAAUGAGAAUGAAGAUGAUCUCACCUACCAGACGUUCCAUGAGAUGCUGAACGACCCGGACACUCCCUGGCCGUGGGAAGAAGGUGCUGUUCCACCUUUCCAAAGAAUGCACCAUCAUCCUCCACCGCAUCAUCAUCAUCACUUUCGAGCUGCUCCUGGACAAUACUCAAGCUUUAUGAGCCGACAUAUCACUGGUCAUGGCCUACCAAUACCAGGCAUCCAUCGAUCACACCGCGUGGCCCCUCCUACACGCCCAGCUGAUGACGGGACCAAUCCUUUACUGCAACAGCCGGGCUCCUCCAUACCUGCCGAUGCCCACCAAAUCCCGUCUCCAAUGGAUUUGGUGCAUGGGUUCGGGCCUGGUUUUAUGGGCUAUCUACCUACUGGGCCUGGCUCUGGAAUGGGAAGUGGAGGCAUGCUUGAUGCCAUUAUGGAAGCAAUGCAACGCGGAGAAGGUAGCGUGGAGAUAAAUGAUCCUAGUGGCCGUAUUGACAUUCGCGUGGAUACAACGCCAGGGCGCUUCAACGACAUGCUUGUCAGGCCCUCCUUCCCUUCCACACUAUCACGAAACGCGCGACAAGAUCCGCAGCGCACCGUGAACUUCAAUCCAUUAUCCACUGUGUCUCGCUGGCAGGAAGAGGCAAGACUUCUCUUCGGCAUGGGCUAUGUAGAGAAAACCCAGCGAAUUGUCAACGUUCUGCUCAGUGUUCUCGUGCCGCCUGCCAUGGAAGAGGAAAAGGCUCGUCUCAGAAAGGCCGAAGAAGAUCGCAAACGUGCAGAGGAACAACAGGCGGAACGAGAACGCCAAGAGCGCAUAGAGAGAGAAGAAAGCGAAAGGAAGAAGAGGGAAGAAGAGGAGAAAGAAGCUGUAGCAAGAGCUCAGGAGGCUGCACAAGCGGCUUCUACAACAGCAGGAACAGGGGACCAAACACCGCCCGCACCGCUGACUGAUGGUGCAGAGCCAAUGCAAGACGUCCGCAACACAGAGACUCAAGACGAAAAUCAGGCUUCCCGUGAGGCAGUAUCCGAGCCGUCGACCGCCGCUGGUCCAUCACAAACCCCUGCCCAACGCGUUUUCACAUCGAUCCGAGGGCGGCAGGUUGAUAUCACGAAUUUGUCUAUCGACGCUGAGUACCUUGAGGAGCUUCCCGAGGAGAUACGGGAGGAGGUUAUCAUGCAGCAGUACGCUGAGCAACGCCAUCAGGCAGAAGAGCAAGGUCAACCACCAACUGAUAUAAACCGCGAGUUUCUAGAGGCUCUACCUGAGGAUAUCCGAGAAGAGCUUCUCCGAGAAGAGGCAGCUGACCGGCGCAGACAGGAACGUGAAGCUGCUCGUCGAAGAGCUGCCGAAUCUGGUGGGGCUCCUCGCGCAGAAGAAAUGGAUGCCGACAGCUUUAUGGCCACGUUAGAUCCUGCACUCCGGCGCUCGAUAUUGGCAGAUCAGUCUGAUGAGGUUCUCAGUGCGCUUGGCCCGGAAUAUGCCGCAGAGGCUCGUGCUAUCAUGAGCAGACAGAUGCAUCAGUUCGGUGCUCGAAUGCCUGUAGGCCGAGACGCUCGAGAGGACCGCAGCGGCCGCGACCCCGUCUCAAGUCAACGGGAAACCCGGAAGCAAGUGGUGCAAAUGGUGGAUCGAGCAGGCGUUGCAACAUUGAUGAGACUAAUGUUUAUGCAACAGCAAGGAUCAACGCGCAGUAAUCUGCACACCAUUUUGCACAAUGUCUGCCAGCACCGGCAGACACGCGCAGAAGUCAUCAGUCUGUUACUUUCGAUUCUUCAGGAUGGUUCUGCAGAUGUGUCUGCGGUGGAAAAGAGCUUGGCCCAUCUUUCGCUUCGUGCAAAGACUUCUUCCGUCCAGAAAGCGCCCCAACCACUCAAGCGCACAAUGUCAACCCAGACCACGCAGGUCAAUGCAACCGAGAUGACACCAUUGAUGGUCGUCCAACAAUGCCUGGCAGCGCUAGCUUCUCUGACCCAGUAUGAUGCACACGUUGCCUCCGUCUUUCUCCGAGAGCUCGAAUCUUCUGCAAGUUACAAAUCAAAGGGAAAUCGCAAAGGUAAGGCCAAGGAGACACGCUCCAAUAAAUACGCAAUCAAUGCGCUCAUCGGCCUCCUUGAUCGAAAGUUGACUACUGAAAACUCAGCUUGCAUGGAGAAUCUGGCGAAUCUGCUUGCCACAAUCACCCAGCCUCUUACCUGGCUACUUAAGAAGGACAAGGACAAUCACGACCCUUCAAAUGUCGAGAACAAAGACGGGCCAGAAACCGUUGCCAGCGAAAAUGCCGACGGUGCUCAGCAGGCAUCAACGGCAGCUGAGGAAUCUGCUCAUGGCGCACUUGCCGAAAAUCCAUCCGUUGAAGACCAAUCUGUCAGCGCUACGGACACUGCGAUGGUUGAUGCACCAGCUGCGUCAGCAGUAGAGACGUCCUUGCACGACGCUAGCGCGCAGCUUUCUGACAAUGUGGUCACAGGUUCUGUUGUAGUAGCAGACCCAUCAAAAGCUGCUGACGAGACUAAGAGCAAGAGGCCGUUUGAUCCACCAGUGAUCCCUGAACAGAAUCUGCAGUUGAUCGUUGGCGUACUGGCUGCACGUGAAUGCAACGGCAAGACGUUCCGUGACACCGUGUCCACUAUCAACAACCUCUCCUUGAUUCCUGGAGCAAAGGAUGUUUUUGGCAAAGAGUUGAUCAACCAGUCACAGAAGCUCUCUCAGGCGAUAUUAGCGGAUUUGGGUGAUCUUCUGACGAAAAUCGUGGACGCAUCAUCAGGGACUGACGUGCAAGGCAUUGCCACAGCGAAGUUCUCGCCGGCGAGUGCCGAUCAAGCAAAGCUGUUGCGUAUACUCACGGCCCUAGACUACCUGUUCGAUUCGAAGAGGCCAGAGAAUUCCGACGAAGGAACCCUGCAGACGCAAGAUGUACUCACCUCUCUCUAUGAGAGUUCAACUUUCGGUCCACUUUGGAUCAAGCUAAGCGAAUGUCUAAGUGCCAUCCAUAAGAAAGAGGGUAUGCUCAGCGUAGCUACAGUCUUGCUGCCGCUGAUUGAGUCUCUCAUGGUCGUGUGCAAGAAUACAUCGUUGAAAAAUGCACCUCCAUCGAAGAGAGUGCGAGAACGAUCAGUGGCAAGUCCAGGUCCGGAGUCUGGUAUGGAAGGGGUCUUCUUCAAUUUCACUACAGAGCAUCGCAAGAUAUUGAAUGAACUUGUCCGACAGAAUUCGAAGCUCAUGAACGGAAGUUUCUCCUUGCUCGCUAAGAACCCAAAGGUGUUGGAGUUCGACAACAAGCGCACCUAUUUCACAAGACAAAUACAUUCUAGGAGCCGCGAAGCCAGACAUCCCCAGCCACCAUUGCAGCUACACGUGCGUAGAGACCAAUGUUUCCUGGAUUCAUUCAAAGCGUUGUACUUCAACAGUGCCGAUGAGAUGAAGUAUGGCAAGCUCAGCAUCCGCUUCAACGGUGAAGAGGGCGUCGAUGCAGGUGGUGUUACCAGAGAGUGGUUCCAAGUUCUUGCUCGGGGCAUGUUCAAUCCGAACUACGCCUUGUUUAUCCCUGUUGCUUCAGACCGGACAACCUUCCACCCUAACCGGUUGAGUGGUGUCAAUGCCGAGCACCUGUUGUUCUUCAAGUUCAUCGGACGCAUUAUCGGCAAGGCUCUUUACGAGAGUCGUGUGUUGGAUUGUCAUUUUAGCCGAGCCGUGUACAAGAAGAUACUGGGCAAGACCGUUUCCAUCAAAGACAUGGAAACGCUUGAUCUAGAUUACUACAAGUCGCUGGUGUGGAUGCUGGAGAACGACAUUACAGACAUCAUUACGGAAACGUUUUCUAUUGAGUCAGACGACUUUGGUGAAUCCCAGAUCAUUGAUCUCAUCGAGGAUGGACGAAACAUCCCUGUCACUGAAGAAAACAAACAAGAGUACGUCCAGCUCCUGGUGGAGUAUCGCUUGACGGGUUCUGUGCAGGAGCAGCUAGAGAACUUCCUCAAGGGCUUCCACGAUAUCAUCCCGGCCGAACUUGUGUCGAUUUUCACAGAGCAAGAGCUUGAACUUCUCAUAUCCGGUUUGCCAGAUAUCGACGUGGAUGACUGGAAGGCAAAUACCGAGUAUCACAAUUACAGUGCAUCGAGCCCACAAAUUCAAUGGUUCUGGCGAGCUGUGCGCAGCUUCGAUAAGGAAGAACAGGCUAAGCUUCUGCAAUUUGUCACUGGCACCAGCAAGGUCCCGUUGAACGGCUUCAAGGAGUUGGAGGGUAUGAAUGGGUUUUCUCGCUUCAACAUCCACAAAGACUACGGCAACAAGGAUCGGUUGCCCAGCAGUCAUACAUGUUUCAAUCAGUUGGAUCUUCCAGAAUACGAGAAUUACGAGACCUUGCGGCAGAGACUUCUCACGGCGAUGCUUCAGGGCAGCGAGUACUUCGGCUUUGCAUGA